CGGAGACAGAAGAGACUACUGGAGCAAUUACGGAUUUCACACCUUCCCACAGAUUGAACCAAAUCUCCUCCCUCACACGCGGCUUCAUCAGCGCCAUCUUGGCCUCCACUGUGUCAGCGUGAAACUAAGCGUUACCCUAAAGCCGAUUAAGAGUUUAGUGGAGCAGAAGAUUCUUCCACUCACUGGCCAGACUUCACUGAACAAACAUGCCACGGAUAGAAUAUCUACGGUCCGCCUCGGUUUCCUGGCUGAGAUGUGACGUCAGUCUGGAGGGAAAAGAGGUGGCCCAUUAAGAUCCCCUCUAUCUGCGGAGGAUUGUGAGAGGCUGGGGCUGCUUCUGCACCGCCCACUCCAUUUCCCCACAAUCAACAGGAAGACUGGAGGCCAAGGAGAGCAGCCGCACUCUGCAGGAGAGGAAGGACUCGGAGAUCCAGCUGUACAGUCCAAACAAAGGAGAACAAUCAAGGCAAAGGAAUGAGCAACAAUCCGAAAGAAGUAAAGAAAAUUCAAACAGUUUAUCUGCAGAACGUAGAAAAACUGAACCAGGGGGUAAAACUAGACAAGAAAAGUUGGAAACCAAUGGAAGGAGACUUUGCUGCAGCAAUGGAAAAGCUGCGACAGCCUCCCACAGCCGUAAAGGUAAACAAAAGCUCUGCAAACCGAAUCAGCAGAGAUCUCACCUGCUCCAUCUGCCUGGAUCUCUUCAAGCAGCCGGUGUCCUUGCCCUGCGAUCACACCUUCUGCCAGGGGUGCAUUGAAGGAUACUGGACCGGUCCCCGGGGCCCCAUUCAGGGAAGCACGGGCUCCUGCCCCCAGUGCAGGAAGGUGUACCCCGGGCAAAGCUACAGGCCCAACCGCAUUGUUGCCAACAUAGUGGAGAGCUACUGUCAGGGCCUGGAGGAGAGCGGGCCUGGCCCCCGCCUGGCAGACGUUGGAGUGGCAGAGAGGCUUCCCGCUCCGGCCCCGCGCUGCAGCAGACACCGAGAGGAGCUGAAGCUCUACUGCGAGGAGGACCAGGAGCUGGUGUGUCUGGUGUGCGGCCUCUCACAGGAGCACAGGAAUCACACCAUGGUGUGUGUCCAGGAGGCUGAGCAGAAGUACCGGGCGUCUCUGAACAGCUCCAUGGAUUCCCUCAAAGCUGAACUCAACACGGCGCUGCAGUGUGACAGGGAAGCCGAGGACGAGGUCAAAAAGCUGAAGGAGCACACCGCUGACCUGAAGGUGCGCAUCGAGGCCCAGUUCAGCGACCUGCACCAGUUCCUGUACCAGGAGGAGAAGCUGCUGCAGGUGAAGCUGAAGACGGAGGAGCGCAGAGAGCUGAUCCGACUGGACGAGCACAAGGCGCUGCUGUGUGUGGAGGUCUCCCGUCUGCAGAGAGCCGUCCACGAGAUCGAGGACAAGCUGAAAGAGCAGGACGCCUUCGCCCUGCUGCGGAGCAUCAAGGUCCUGCUCCUGAGGCCUUCGCUGAAGUUUGAGAAACCAACCUUCACACCUCCCAGUCUGUGCGAGGGCAGGUUUGCGGGGCCUCUGCAGUACAGAGUGUGGAAAUCCAUGAAAGGAAGCCUUUAUCCAGUUCCAGCGGCCAUCACGUUUAACUCCAGCACGGCCAACCCAUGGCUCAGCCUGACCUCGUCCCUCACCUGUGUUCGCUACCAGACCUUUAACCAAACCGUGCAGGACAACCCCUCCAGGUUCAACGCUGCCCUGUCUCUGCUCGGAAGCCAGGGCGUCACCCACGGGCGGCACUACUGGGAGAUCGAAGUGUACAGCAGCACAGUCUGGACCGUCGGGGUGGCCCGUGAGUCGGUGCCCAGGAAGGGAGUGAUCAAAGCCCUGCCGGCCAACGGCUUCUGGACCCUCUCCCUCUCUUACGGGAUCCAGUACAUGGCUGGCACUUCGCCCCCGACAGUGCUGUCCCUGGAGGAGCCGCUGGUGCGGAUCGGCGUGUACCUCGACUACAAGAGGGGCCUGGUGUCUUUUUACAACGCAGAGUGCAUGGCACACCUCUACACCUUCAGGGAGACCUUCGCUGAGACGCUGUACCCGUACUUCAACCUGGGCUUUCUGGAUAAAGUGCAUGAAAAUGAGCCGCUCAAAGUUUUUCUACCAAAGAUUUAAAAUGUGACAAAAAAAGGCCCAAAGAGGCGCUAAAGAAGUGAAAAGCAAUGACCAUGAUCUUUCCAUUCAACCGGAUUAGAGCAGAGUUGUGAUUUUGCACAGGAGAAGUUGGAAUUAUUUGUCCAAUCGAAACAGACGUAUCAUGAAGGGAUCAAAGUUUCAGCAUUACUCACCACAUGUAUAGUGUAUUCCCUUCCUCAUAAAAGGUCAUGUAAAAAUGUGAAAUCUGAACUUUGGUGUGACAGUUUACUCUUUUCUUUUUACUGGACGCCACCUGGUGAUCAGUGGUCGUGCUGCAGGUCACAUAAACCAAACAGGAACACACCCACUCACUGAGAAGUUACUAAUUGUUCAGUUUGUAGACUGGAUCGAGUGCCUCACUUCAAAGAAGCAGUGCCUCAGUGGUGAAAGUGAAAGGUUUUUCUUUAAAUGAUUUCAAUAAUCUUUCAUAUGCAUGAAUCACUAAUACAUUCAAUAGAAUAUCUUAUCACGCAAGUGUUAAAUGUACAUUCUUUUUUCAAUGUUUAUAUGGUGUCAUAUCCUAUUAAUGCUAUAUUAUUUGGUGCAUUCAGGGACCGUAGGAGAUGUAAUGCCUCUUUGGUAGUGGAACAAGAGUGAGACUUAUGUAAAGAAAAAAAAUCGGUGGUUUUAAUUUCGGAUAUCAGCUUUGAACUUGUUGCGAGUGAUGCCUCAACUGCACCAACUGUUUUAACUCAAACUGAUCCAACAUUUCAAUAAAAACAUUUCUUUAAGACCCUGCUCUCUCUGGUAAAAUCCCUCCACCUUUAAUGAGAGGAUGGACCGUACUCGCUGACGUAUCGACACCCUCCAGAGAACACGUCUACAUGCCUGCAGCCACUUAUAAAAUGAAUGUGGGGGUUGGGGAAAUCCG